AUGCCACAACCAUCCUCACCAACGAAACCAAAACGUCGUAAUUCAUUAAGAGAACAAUGGGAUACAACGACAAAAGUCGUUAAUGUCAAACAAAAAAUUCAUUCAAACAUAACUAAUAAAUAUACGGAAUUACAAAAAUCAACCUUCACAAAAUGGGUUAACAUACAAUUACGUAUGAUUGAUAUUAAUCAAUUGGAUAAUUCCUCAAGAAAAAAAAUUCCUGAAAUCGAGGAGAUUGACAAGGAUUUUCGAGAUGGAAAAAAAUUAAUACGAUUACUUGAAAUAUUAUAUCCAAAUGAUUCGGAUUUACCAAAACUUGAACGUGGCAAUACGAGACAUCAUCAUAUUGCAAACGUUAGUAAGAUAUUGAAAUUCUUACAAAAACAUUUGGAUGAAAAAGGUUUAACCGCAUUGGCAGCUAUAGGCGCUGAAGAUAUCGUUGAUGGUAAUGUAAAGUUAACUUUAGGAUUAAUUUGGUUAACGAUUUCAAAAUUUAUACAAGCGUUUGACGUUCAAUUUGAAGUUACUGAGGAGGAAUUAGAAGAAGUUGAAGAAAGAUUUAAAGAAAAUAUCAAUAACAAGAAAGAAUACAAUAAACACGAUGACAUUCAAAAGUUUUUGUUUAAUAAUGAUGAGAAUGAAAUCGAAUCUUUUGAAGAAUUUCAACAACAAUUUAGAUCACAUUUUAUUAACGUCGAAGAAAUAUUUAAUAAGAAAAUUGUUGCUCCUACAAUUUACGAGGAAGAAGAAAUAAAUACGUGUAAUGAGCAAACAUCCGCGGAAGAUAAAUCUUCAAUCACUUCACCCACACCUAUACCUCCUGAAAUAAUCGUGUCAGAGCUUCCCAAAAAAAAUUUGCAAGACUUGACAAAGUCUGAAAAGCGAUUAUCAUUACCAAUCUUUCAACCUACCAUUACUAACAAUAAUAAAUUAAAUGAUAAAAAUCUCAAUCAAUCCCCAAAGCAGUUUAGAACUUUACGUUUGAAUUCUUCACCAAUAAACUCCAACACGUCUAAUUUAUUAUUUUGGAUUAACAUGCAAUUAAUUAAUUAUACAUCGUUAUUACCUUCAUCGAAUUAUCCUUUGGAAGAUUUUAUAGGAUUGAACGAUGGUAUUAUCUUGUCUGUUCUGAUUCAAUGUUUGAACAUUGAAUGGGAUAUGGAGGAUUUAAAUUUAUUAAACUCUGAAGAGAUUAAGAUUGAAUUAAGUGACACCAAAGACCUAAGCGAAGAAGAACUUCGUGAAAGAGAAAUUUUUAAAGAGCUCAAAGCAAAAGAAAGAUUAUCAAAAUGCUUUAAUAUUAUAGAGAGGAAAUUGAAUGUACAACAACCAAAAGCAUUAAUUUCAAUGUUGAUCGAAAAAGAUUAUAUUGAUAAAGAAAGGUUGAAGAGAACUGGAUUAGCUUGGAGUGUUUAUAUAAGUGAAGUUUUUUUGACUAUAACCAAAUCCAAGAAUCAACGAAAGGAAAUGAAAAGACGUAGUAGUACCAACCAAAUCUUCGAAUCUAUGUCCAAUACUAAUGAAGAAGUUCCAAAAUGGAAUACACAUGUUGAGUAUUGUUCGAUUAAAAAUGGUUCUAAUAAGUCAAGGAUAAGCCAUUUUGAUAAUUUGUCAAGUAUUUGCGAUUGGGUUGAUACAGAAAAAUUACAUGGAGCAAAUUUGUCAUUUAUUACAAAUGGAAAAGAAAUCAAAUGUGCGCGAAGAUCAGCAAUACUUCGAGAAAAAGAACAAUUCUAUAAUCAUCAAAUACAAUUACAAAAAUAUUCAAAAAAUAUCUUUUCAAUUUAUAAUCGUAUGAAAGAAAAGGAUCUAAUUAAAGGAGAAAUGAUUAUUAUAUAUGGAGAACUAUUUGGAGAAUUUUUGCCAUUUGAUUUAUUUGAUGGAAAAGAUUUUGUGGAUUUUGAUAUAACGAUUGAUUUAUUUAAAGAAAAUGAUAUACCUCAUGUUAAAGAAUUAUCAAGAGAUUAUGAAAAUUUAGCAGUAGGUAUUGUAAUUAAACCAAUUAAACCUUUAAGAACAGAUAAUGGUUCAAGAGUAAUAUUAAAAAUUAAAAUCGAAGAUUUUGAAGAAAGAAAAAGGGUUAAUAUAAAUAGAUUAGAAAGUGUUAUUUCUAAACAAGGUGAAUUAAAUGAAGAAAAUGAUAAUGAAAUUUCAUAA